CAUACAUAUUCAUGAAUGUAUUCCAGAUCCAGACAGCUCAAAUUAAUCGCUCGUUUGUUUGUGUCUGGCUGGCUGUGAUUUGAGAAAAUGAAUUUGGAGUUUUCUUAUAUUGUCAGAUUGUAUUUCUGUUAUUAGAGGUUGCUUUAUUAUUAAAUUUAUGCUGUGCUGAUAUCUAUAUCCGGCUACCUUGAGUUUUUCAACUCUCAAAUGAGUUUUUACUUUCUUUUUAUUUCUUAUUAAAUAUACUAACUUUUGACUAAAUAAACAUGGUCACAGAAGCUGGGAAGGAACUUCUACGUAAUACAAUUAAUACAGCGAAAUUUCAUAAUAGAAUUUUGGAGGAAAAUGAAAUGUGGAAGCAGUGGGAACUUGAAUGUGGUCUAACUAUGAUGGUGUCUGAUGAUGAUAUCAUUAAAAGAAUAAAAAAGAACCAUCAGUGCUCAAAACAUCGCAGAAGAGACAAAUCGCGAAGUAGAGACAGUUCUCGUAGCAAGCAUGAAAUGGCAAAAAGUAGCCAGGGCGCUGGAUCUUCAAGUGAUCGAUGGGACCAUAGUGGUUUUGCGGAGUUAUAUCCAGAUGCAGCUGUACCUGACAAAUAUCCAUCAACCUCUUCUUUUUCUACUCUAAAUAAGCACAAGAAGAAGAAAAGGAAAAAGAGUCGUCGCAGGAGUAGCUCAUCCGAUAAAGAAAUAUGGGAAGAAUUUAAACGACCCGGCGAAAUUUGGAAUAAAGAAAGAACUCUAAGAUUGAUUGAACUGUUGCGUAAUGCACCAGCGUUAUGGAAUAUUAAUUAUCCUGGGUAUAGAGAUCAGCGUGUAAAACUGAGAGAAACAAAAAGGAUUGCGACUGUUUUUCGUAUUGAUGAGGAUGAAAUAACAAAACAAAUUGCAUUUCUUAUGAAUGAGUUCCAUGAGGAACAUAAAAAAAUGACAUUAAAAAAAUUAAAAGGCGACUGUUCUAAAAAUUCAGAAAAUGAAUGGUUUGCUUACAAACAUCUGACUUUUCUUAUAAAAAACAAAACUGAAAGAUACUGUAAAACUGUAGAGAGUGAUCUCAGUGAAAAUGAAAAUCCACAAUGGGUUGACAGUAGUGAUUCAUACAGUGACAGCGACCAUGAAACAUCUGCUCACCCAUCAUUAGAUCAGUCCAGGUGCAUCAAAAAUAAAACACAAGAUGAAAAAAGUGAAGGACAUGGAGAGAAAGGCGAUGUUGUUUGCACAGAUUUGCCCUAUGUCCAAGCCUACAUGGCCCGAAAAGAUAGCUUUUCUGUUUAUGGUGAAAUUAUAGCUCAUAGAAUGCGCGAAGCUAAGAAAAGCAGCGAGGCGAUCGCUAGAGCUGAAAAGGAAAUUGAUAUAGUAUUACGCAAGUUUGAAAUUGGUUUCUUUGAUACUUCUCCUGAGGAUUUUUAAAUGUUCACCAUCUACGCAUUCCUUAUAGGUGGCAGCUACAUAAAAUGGAACAUAUUUUCAGGACAUUUAUCGAUUUUUUUAGGCGAUUGCAAAUUGUUUAAAUGGAGAUUACAAUUUUUAAUCUCAGUCUUUAAAAAAGUGAAAAACGUGAACUAGGAAGUAGUAUCAGUUUAUUUUUGAUUAUCUAUCUAUAUGAAUCAAUUUUUGGCAGUUGUUAAAAAAAAAAGAAUCUAAAAAAAAAAAAAAAAAAAAACAAUGCAACUCUGUAAAAAUGAAUCAUGGCACAAUAUUUUUAUAUAUUCAUUCAGCAUCAUCCUCUUUAUUAAUGCAAUGUUUGGAAUCAUUUAAACCUGAUUAUCGUUAGCAGCUGUCUCAUUUUUGCUAUUCAUUGAAAGAUAUGUUGAGAGUGAACAGUUUUUACAUUCGAAUGAAGAUCAUUUGUUGUGGAAUCUCAUAUCUUAGAUUUGAAACAUUUGAAUUGACAAAAAGAUAAGUGCGUCUUGAAAAAUCAAAAUGUUUAUAAGGCUAAUUUGUUUUUGAAUUAA